AUGUGUUCUUACACUUACACCUACAAAUCUAUGUCUGUCUGGUUGUCUGAGAGACUGGAUGGCCUUAAAACAGUUAAAGAGCACGGCAGCGCUGACCUGAGCACAGGUGAGCUCGUGUGCAGAAGUGUUCUUCCUCAGAGCGAGGCAUCCAGCCCAGGGCGAGACCGACGGGAAGAGCGGCGUGAGACGGGGCACCGCGGAGAUGGCAGUGGAGGAGACGGACAGACGUCUUCACCUCUCUUUCAUCUCCCGGCUGAGUUCUUCCACCCCACCACUGCUGCAGUUCCCCAGGGCAGCCCAGCCAUCGGAGCGGCCCAGCCGGGCUCCAGACACGCAUCUCCGGCCUCAUGGGCUUCUCUCAGGUCCCCAGGGGCCAACAGCAGGGUCAUGGGCUCUCAGACGUCCCACAGUAACUCCUCGCUGGCCACGGGCAGCUCGGUGAGCAGCCUGCAGACCAUGCUGGAGGAGGGCGUCUCUACGCUACCCCUGAUCUGCAGAACCCACGUCCCUCCUCCAGAACUCAGCCAGAGAUCCCGCACUCCACAGUCUCUGCUCAACCUCCAGGCCACCAGGGGGCGCCACAGGAAUCGGAGCAGAUACAGUGACUGCACAAAUCUUAACUGGAUCCGACAGGACCCCUCCGAUGAGGACACUGGAUCCGGGGUUAGGGAUGGAGGACCCGGUCAGGCUGGUAAUGCGGAACAGUUAUCGGAUAAUCUGAGUAGCUACUCUUUGACGUCUCUGCACCUGCCUGAUUCGCUGGCGCCGCCGCUGGCCAAGAAGUGCAACAGCACUGGGAGUUUAGUACUGGGGAGCCUAGCGGUCCGGAAUAAAGAUGGGAGGUGCCUGUACGGAUUCGAUCCUUGGAUUGAAGCAACAAGUGAGGAAACUGAGAGGGAUGCAUCCCCCGUUGACACCAAGACGUGCAGCCAGACUGUAGGUUCUGGCUGCCGUAAGAACAGAUGAAAUGCGCGGUUCGGUCCAGGUAUGGGACACUGUUUGGUCUCUUCCGGGAACUCGUCUCCAUGUACUGUAUGUCUCGAAUGACACAAAUCUGUUUCCUGUUGUGCUACUGACCAGCUAAAGCUCACAGCCACAGCAACACAGUGUCUUU